CUCUCUCUCUCUCUCUCUCUCUCCACACCUUGGUUAGUGCUUACUCGUUCGUUCAUACGCGAGUUCUGUUCGUGGUGAAGUGCAGCUGUUCCUGAGUCAACUAGAGGAUCAUUGACUCGGAGCUGAGUUAGGGUUAUGGAGAACCUCAUAUCACUCGUGAACCGGUUGCAGCGAGCGUGCACGGCGCUCGGAGAUCACGGCGAAGAGAACGCUUUGCCCACUCUCUGGGACGCUUUGCCUUCCAUCGCCGUUGUCGGUGGUCAGAGCUCGGGGAAAUCCUCAGUACUUGAAAGUGUUGUUGGCAAGGACUUUUUACCUCGUGGAUCUGGUAUUGUCACUCGGCGUCCACUUGUUCUGCAGCUUCAUCGGAUUGAUGAAGGUAGAGAAUAUGCAGAAUUCGGACAUCUCCCGAGGAAAAGAUUUACUGAUUUUGCUGCCGUGCGGAAGGAAAUAUCUGAUGAAACUGAUAGAGAGACAGGACGUACUAAGCAAAUUUCUACAGUCCCAAUAUAUCUUAGUAUAUAUUCGCCUAAUGUUGUAAAUUUGACGUUAGUUGAUCUUCCCGGACUUACAAAAGUGGCUGUUGAGGGUCAGCCAGAUAGCAUUGUGAUGGAUAUUGAGAACAUGGUUCGGUCUUAUAUUGAGAAGCCGAACUGUAUUAUCUUGGCAAUUUCUCCUGCCAACCAAGAUCUUGCAACAUCAGAUGCAAUUAAGAUUUCUCGUGAAGUGGACCCUAAAGGAGAGAGAACAUUUGGAGUUUUAACAAAGAUUGAUCUUAUGGACAAGGGUACAGAUGCUGUGGAUAUUUUGGAAGGAAGAGCUUAUAAGCUGCAGUUCCCAUGGAUUGGUGUUGUUAAUCGUUCUCAACAAGACAUUAACAAAAACGUAGACAUGAUUGCUGCAAGACGUAGGGAGAGGGAAUAUUUUGCACAGACCCCAGAAUACAAGCAUCUUGCUCACAGAAUGGGUUCUGAGCAUCUCGGGAAAGUCCUCUCGAAACAUUUGGAAGCUGUUAUCAAAUCACGAAUUCCAGGUCUUCAGUCACUAAUCAACAAAACCAUCAUUGAGCUGGAAUCGGAGUUGAGUCGUCUGGGGAAGCCCAUUGCAACUGAUGCUGGAGUAAGCUUUUCCGCCGUUCCUGGAAAGUUGUACAUGAUCAUGGAAAUCUGCCGUAUAUUCGAUGGAAUAUUCAAAGAGCAUCUUGAUGGAGUUCGGCCAGGUGGUGAUAAAAUUUAUAAUGUUUUUGAUAACCAACUGCCUGCCGCAUUGAAGCGCUUGCAGUUUGACAAACAUCUUGCUAUGGAAAACGUGCGGAAGUUAAUCACCGAAGCUGAUGGAUAUCAGCCCCAUCUUAUAGCGCCCGAGCAGGGUUACCGUCGUCUUAUUGAAACUGCCUUAAUUACCAUUAAAGGUCCUGCCGAAGCAGCUGUUGAUGCGGUGAUCCAAAGGUCGAACGGAAUGGUUUUACUUGUAUGCUUACUGGGGAUGGAUAGAUUGGUUCAUGCAAUACUGAAGGAGCUAGUUCACAAAUCAAUUAAUGAGACUGUGGAGCUGAAGCAGUACCCUUCCCUCAGGGUAGAGGUUGGAAAUGCUGCUGUUGAAGCAUUAGACAGGAUGAAAGAAGAAAGCAAGAAGGCAACCUUACAGCUUGUUGAAAUGGAAAAUAGUUACCUAACCGUUGAUUUCUUCCGGAAGCUUCCUCAGGAUGUUGAGAAGGGUGGCAACCCAACCCAUUCAAUUUUUGAUAGAUACAAUGACACGUACUUGCGCAGAAUUGGGUCAACGGUCCUGUCUUACGUCAACAUGGUGUGUGCGAGUUUGAGGAAUUCCAUUCCAAAAUCUGUUGUUUAUUGUCAAGUUCGCGAGGCAAAGCGGGGCUUGCUCGAUCAUUUCUUUGCAGAAUUAGGCAAGAAGGAGGGUAAGCACUUGGGAAAAUUGUUAGAUGAGGACCCUGCAAUUAUGCAGAGACGUAUUUCUCUUGCAAAGAGAUUGGAGUUGUACAAAGCUGCUCAGGCAGAGAUCGACUCAGUAGCUUGGUCGAAAUAAGUAAUAUGUAAUAUCUUUUGCCCUUUCUUUUCCCGACUUAUGGUGACAAAACAAUUUGUAUGAUAGGAGAGCUUGAGAAUUCUGUGUGAUGUCAUCCCUUUUGAAUGUUGGUUGGGGUAAGUUAUUGUUUUCCCCAAAUUUAUUGCCGGACAUUACUUUCGUGUAGCUUGUGUUGUAAUAUGAGUGGUGAUGAUAUAUGGUUUGAACAUAGACUUGAGUUGUCUAUUGGAAAACAAUUAUAAAAAAUUUAGGUUUGACCCGAUUUUGACUGCUU